AUGGCACCUCGAAAAACUGUUCAAUACCAUGAUUACAGGCAAGCUGUUCAACAGAUCAUAUUAUCUUCCUCUGAUGCCGAUUAUCUAGAUCAACUCAUACCUGCCCUCAAAGAUGCCACUUUAUCCAAUAGAACUCCCGCUCUCAUACGAAGCCUGUCACAAUAUGCGGACGACCGCGAGGCUGACAUUGAACGAAUUGGCUUAACAAAACAUGAAGAAUUCCUGGCAUCUGUCAAUCAGCUACAACAAGUCCGCGAAGGAACCUCUCAACUUACAUCCGAGAUUCUAAAGCUCAACCAGUCUAUUCAGGCGAGCACGGAAAAGCUAGCUGCGCAAAAGGAGGCACUGGUGGACACGAGAUCAGUUCGUCAGAAUAUUGCGGAGGCUUCUGAGGCGUUGAAGGAAUCUCUGAAAGUACUGCAUGCCGUCAAUCAGGCGCAUGAUUUGAUACGAAAGAAGAAAUACUAUGCAGCUCUUAAGGCAUUGGACGAUUUACAGAACGAGCAUUUGAUUCCGACAAUUCAGAACAAAUAUGCUACUCAGCACACCCUCGCAGAGAUAAUUCAAAAGUCGAUCCCUUCCUCCCAGAAAGCUAUUUCAGAAGCAGUAAUGAGUGAUUUGAAUACUUGGCUUUAUCGCAUUCGUGAGACGUCCCAAUUCCUAGGAGAAGUGGCAUUUUACCACACAAACAUUCGAAGGAGCAGGCAGAAAGAGCGCAUGGAGGCGAAUCCAUAUCUUCGGAACUUCAAGCUAAAUUCGGCCAUCGAGUUGGUCUAUGAUGAGAGUGAGGAAUUUGAUGUACUGAACAAUGAGGAACUCCAAGUCGAUUUUGAUCCCCUAUUCGAGUGUUUACAUAUUCACGAGGCACUUGGUCAGAUUGAGAAAUUCAAAAGCGAAUACGCUGCAACAAGAAGACAACAGAAAGAUUUGUUGCUCCCAAGUUCUGUGAAUCUGACUGAUGAAGAGAGCGAACACUUUUUGAGUGCAUUGCUGGAAGGUAUUGCCGGCUUCGCUAUAAUAGAAAAGGCUACUAUGCGAAAAGUCCAUAAUUUGCGUUCUCCAGUUGACGUUGAUGAACUUUGGGAUUCCAUGUGUAAUGCCGCGAUUAACGCUGUUUCUAAAGCUUUAGAUGAGUUUGAUGACCCGGAUGUUAUCUUGCAAACUAAGAAUGUGAUCGCGUUGUUCAUACAGACAAUGGAGGGUUGGGGCUAUUCAGUGGCUACUUUGGAUGCUUAUGUGCUCAAGCUUUUCUAUAGAUAUGCUGAUCUACUGAAACGAAAAUUUAGUACAGACUUUCAACAGAUCGUGUCAACGGAUGAAUACAUGCCUAUGCCAGUCAAUAGUGAAGAAGACUUUGACAAGAUCGUUCAGGUUAGUUGGAACUUCUUGAAUCGAUUCUACUUCAUAAUGGACGAUCAUUUUCAACAACCAAGUAUUAUUGACGAAACACUGAAGAAGAUUGUUCAAAUCCUCAUAAACCUUGAGUAUUUCGAAUCAGCAAGUCGAGAACUAGAACAACUUCUCUUGGCCGCACGAUCAUCCACAUCAGCUGGUGGGCCAAUUGUUCUUGCAGCUACAGAAAAGUUCUCGAGCAGUAAGAAGGACGCCGAAAAGCGUAUAUUCGAAGUCGUCAACUCCAAGAUAGACGAUUUGGUUGAGACAGCAGAUUAUGAUUGGAUGGCACCUUCUUUGGUAUCCGAACCAAGCAACUACAUGCAAACCCUAACAACCUACCUUUCCAACAUCAUGAGCUCCACUCUCCUCACCCUACCCCGGGAAAUCAAAGAACUUAUCUAUUUCGAUGCUCUUUCCCACGCCGCAAACAUGAUUCUCGCCAUACCCCUCUCCCCCGAAGUCAAAAAGAUCAAUCCCCACGGUGUCGCCGCCCUCGCAAAAGACGUAGCCUACCUUUCCGAAUUCGUCGACUCCCUCGACAACGCCCUCAUCCUCAAGGAGAAUCUCGAUGAAUUACAACAAACGGUCUAUCUAAUGCAGACAGAUAAUCCAGAUGAGUUUUUCGAUAUCAGUAUUAGGAAUAAGAAGUUUGGGAGGGUGGAUGCUCUGAAUGGGCCUAAGAUAUUGGAGAAGUAUGUCCGCUUUCCAUUGAUAUGA